UCUACAUUGAUUGAAAUGUCAUUUGUCAUAUAAUGAGACACCAAAAUAUCUUUGAAAAUUGAAAUGAUUAUUUUUGAUUUUUAACAAAAAAUCCAACGUAUUGAAUGUUGUUUUAAUUUGUAAAAACUAUAUAACAAACUGAAUCACAAUUCAGAGUCAUCAUGAAUAUCAUUAUAAAACAAUUAAAAGGUGGCGAGUGUUGUCUAGAGGUAUCUCCGGCGACAAAAAUUUUAGAAAUUAAGAAACAAAUCGCGACAGAAUUGAGGAUACCUAUUGAGGAACAGAAAUUGCUUCUGUUAGGGCGAGCUCUAGCAGACGAUCAGACGGUUCAGUCUUAUCCAUCUAUCAAAAAUGGAACGAAACUAAAUCUUGUGGUGAAGAAACCAGAGGGCUUAUUAGAAGCUUCUAUUAAAUAUUUUAAAAAGAAUGGUAUGUCAGACACUGAAGCAAGGAAUGCAGCUAACAAUUUGCUACAAGUAGUUGAUGAAAAAUUCAACAACUUAUCCUGGGACGACGUUGAGAGGUUAAGUUUUGACUGCAUGUUAGAGGAAUGUGGCCAUCCGCGGCCCACAGUGGAUCCUGACCAGGACAUGGAUUGUGAUGAGGCAUUUGGAUUGUGACCAAACUCUCUCAAUUUAUUGCAAUUAAUAGAAUGUCUUUUUGCAUUUUUGUAAUUCUACUUAAAAAGAGUUAUUGCAAUAGAUUUUACCAGAUCCUGAAAGACAAACAAUAAAACCUAAGCUCCAUUGUGAACUGUCCUAUUUGUUAAUAUGAAGAAAUGAAGAGUGUAUAUAAAUAUAUAAAAAAUAAUAAUUAGAUUCUCUAACACAAACCAUAUUUGGGAAAAGAUAUGUUUUUAAACUGAACUUAUUCUGUUUUAUAAGAUUUUUUUUUUUUAUUGGAAACAGAUAAUACAGCACAUUAACUUAUUUAACUUCCCAUGACUUUCAUUUCCAUUCUGAUGUUUAGGUUAAAUAGUAUCUACGAAUGUUGUAAAUAUUUUCUCAAAUAGGAAUACUUCUUGUAUUAGACUAAGAAACAUUACAGAAUAAUUUGUUGAACUUUUAUUAAAUGUUUCUAAGAUUUCCCCAAGUUGUAAUAAUAUUAGAAAUCACAUUUUUUUUAUUUUAAGUUAAAUAAGUCGUCUAUUUUAAGUAACACAAAGAUGAAAUUGAAAAUGUAACUAUUGAUUUACAGUUAAGUAUAAAGAUCGUAAUGUGUCAAUUUGUUGGAUAUAAGCAGCAAAUAAUAUGUUAGGAUAAAACAUGAUUUUGCUGUUUUUAAAAUUUAUCUGUCAAUGUUUAAACCAUUAACUAGUCCUUGGAGUCUAGGAGCUCAAGACCAUGUGUUUGCUUGUGAUUAGGAAUGUUGAAGACGUAAUAUAAUUCUCACUGAUUACUUCAUUCUGGUGCUCAUUGUGUGGGAAUCUUAUUAAUGAAUAGCAGUUAUAUCGUUUAUUGCUGCACACAAUAUAAUUUGGCGUUACUUUGUAUAAGGUUUUAUUCUCAAUUACCGCGUUUAAAUAAAACAUUAAAAAUA